AUGGCUUCUCCAAAAUUCAGCUUUCCCGGCACGCCUUACUCGGUCCAAACUGAGCUGAUGACGGCCAUCCAUUCCGCUAUCACAGAUCGCCACAUUGCCCUGCUCGAGUCGCCCACAGGCACCGGCAAGACCCUUUCCAUCAUCUGCGCCUCGCUAACCUGGUUACAACAGAACCGUCUCCCUGUUUCGGAAGAGGCUGCCAACUCAACAGACGAGCCGUCUUGGAUCACCGAGCAGAGUAAGGCUCGCGAAGGACGGGACGUUCAAGAGGAACUGCAUCGUCGGAAGGACGCGUACCGCCAGCGCGUGAAACGGGCCACCGAGAGACCGCGCGGGACUAACUUGAGAAAGGGAAGGCGAUGCGUUUAUGGGGAGGACGACCCGCUCUUCUCAGAUGACGAAGGGGAGGAGAUGGAUGUGCCGAGGGUACACCGCAAGGUCAAGGCGGCCCGUAUUGUGUUCGCUACGAGGACACAUACCCAGCUGACCCAAUUUUUGGAAGAGCUUCGGAAAACAACGUUUUGUCCGCCUGCGGUGCUGGGGGCGCAGGGAAAUGGGAUCAGCUUGAGCCUGCCAACGCUGACCAAGGAGCAGAUCGAGGGCGAUUUUGAGCUACCGUUGAGCGUGAUGCCGUUUGGUUCGCGGAAGCAGUUCUGCAUUAAUGAGGAAGUACGAGCGCUGGAGUCUUCGGCAGCUAUAUCGGAGCGCUGUCGCGAGCUGACGGAAGCUCCGUCAGAGACAACCGCGGGCAGGCGGAAGCGGAGCCGCAAUCGCUGUGAGUACAAGAACGCAGAGGCGGAGGCCGUGCUACGGGACCGCGCAUUGGUGCACAUGCAAUCCAUCGAGGAGCUCGGAAAGGCGGGCAAGAGUUUAGGUGCGUGUCCGUAUUUUGCCACGAGGGCCGCGCUCGAGACGGGCGACGUUGAUGUGAUUGCCGUUCCGUACUCUGCGGUGCUUCACGCGAAGACGAGGGAGAGUUUGGGGAUUGAGGUUGAUGACAAUACUGUUGUCGUGUUUGACGAGGCGCAUAACAUUGUCAAUACCGUGUGCGAUUUGCAUUCGAGCGUGUUAACCCGGGGUAGGUUGGUGCAGACUAUCGCUGCUGUGAAGGCGUAUGUUCACCGGUACGAGAAAAGGUUUUCUGCGAGGAAUCUGUUCAACUUGCGACAGCUCGUGGCGUUGGGAGAGGGGCUCUUGGGAAUGUUGCCUGGGAGAAGAGAUGAGAAAGGGAAAGACAAGUUGCCGGCGCCUAAGGUUGUGCAUCCGGCUGCGUUGCUUUUCGAUGCAGGCGUUGACAAUAUCAAUCUCUUUGUCCUGGUGGCGUACAUGGAGGAGUCGAAUCUCGCUAAGAAGCUGCACGGUUUUGUUGAUAGCGGGGAAGAAUUUGGGGUUAAAUUCGAUGGGAAGAGUGGAUCUCAGGAGGCCGACGUUGCAGUGACGGAGCAGCGUCGGGCAAAGCAAAGCAUUUCCUCGUUCCAAAACUUCAUCCAGAAUGUAGCUGAUUGCCCAAGCUACGGGCGAGUCGCUCUCUAUCCGUACAGAAGAGAUGCGCGAGAAGCUGGGACACUCUCUGGCUCAAGUUUCGAAGAAAGCCAGCUCGGGCUGGACGCGGUCGCGCGUUUCAAGUACUUUGUCACGGAGCCGGGUGACUUAUUUUCCGCGAACGUCGGCAGAGCACGUGCUAUUCUACUACUCGGCGGGACGUUAAGCCCACGCAGCGCCAUCAAGGAUGCACUGCUCUCGCAGUUAUUGCAUCGACGAACUACGGAGCUGGAGUGUGAGCACGUGGUCCCCGCCGACCACGUGCUGACGCGGAUCUGCGCAACAGGUCCCACGGGGGCGGUUCUCGAGUUCACGCACAAAACGCGGCAGACGUCUGCGCCUUUCGACGAGUUGGGCCGUGCGCUAGAGACGUUGCUAGGAGAGAUACCGGGGGGAGUUGUGGUGUUCUUCGCAUCUUACGAAACGCUUCGGCAGGCAAGGAUGGCGUGGGAACGGAGUGGGAUGCUCGGGCGGUUGCGAGCAAAAAAGCCGUUUUUCUCGGAGGCGCGGGGGGAAAGCGGGGCAUUCGAUGAGUACCGGGGUACAAUACGGGCGGACGCGGGAAGAGGGGCCGUGCUGGCAGCCGUGAUGGGCGGAAGGUUGAGCGAGGGGAUUAACUUUGCAGACGAGCUGGGAAGGGCGGUAGUAGUGGUGGGCAUGCCGUUCGGCGACGCGAGAAGGGUUGAAGUGAAGGAGAGGAUGGGGAUGAUGGGGAGCGAGCGGCGGGUGGAGUUUCUGGAAAAUGAGUGCAUGACGGUUGUGAAUCAGUGUGUCGGACGCGUGGUGCGGCAUCGGGCGGACUUUGCAGCUGUGCUCUUGAUGGAUAAGCGGUUUACUCGGGAGCGGGUGCGGGAGAAGCUGCCGCGGUUCGUGCGGAGAGGGUUGCAACCAACGGUGGACUUUGCAGAUGUCAAGGUGAACGUGAAAUCCUUUUUCAACGACCGGACCGUUUUGGCGGGAAAUCUGCCUCGCUGA